UGUCCAGGGAUAUAACGGGAUUUCAUUUUGCAUAUUGGUUCGUCUCUCUUUCACAAAAAGUGGAGCAUCGUCCGUCCAGUAAAAGACCCACUCGUAGUCAGUUCCGCUUGCAUAAAGUGCACACAUUACACAACUUUCACAACAAAAACACAUGCUCUUAAACGGACUUUUAGACUGAAAUCAUAAUAUUCACAAUAAUGAUGAAAAGUAUUAAUACAUAAUAUAGAGCUCUUCAUAAAUCACCUUUAAUCGAUAGUCAAUGUCGAUUAAAGUGUUACGACUUACGACUAGUUACGAGUGUACAGACUGGAUAUUUGCUACAUUGUGGACUGAUUUACUCACGUUUGUAAAUAAGUCUUACUUUGGGAAAGUUUGAGAAAUUGUGUCUACCGUUUACACACAAGUAUUUAUGCACAAUUCUAUUAGCCAUUGUGCUUAUCUGCAUUGAAUAUGGAUUCCGACCAAUUAAUACGAUAAGACAUAAACAGAAUGUACUCACGUAGCUAAGUAAUGCUCACGAUUGUGUAACAUGAAAUUAUAAAUAAUCGCCUAUUGUGUGACUAUGCCUAAAUUUCCAAACAUCCCUAAACCUCCUAUUCCAGCUUGGCUGACAAAUCAUGAGAACCAGGCGAAAGGUUAUUCGUACGUGAAUAUUGUGAUCCAAGUGUAUCAAAUUUACUCUUACUGGUUUGAUAUUUACGAUUUUGGCAAAUACUUUCUAUACGGUCUAAUAUACUGCGGAUUUGUCAUCACACCCAUGGUUCUAGCUUUUUUUCUUCUUAUUUCCGUCCACAAGAGACAACUCCAAAGAGUCGGAAUUUGGUGGGCUUGUGAAAUUGGAUUGCUAAUCUUGAACAUCAAUUUGUUUAUCAUUGGGAUUUAUGGCAUAAGUUUGAAAACCUUGAUCAACCUUUUUCUUCAUAGUGCACUUCGAGUGUAUGGGCUCAAAAUUAUUUACGACUACAUGGUCACUUUGGGAUAUGACGAUGCCGGGUCUGGUCGAAACAGAGUGAGUGCGAGCAAGGGGGAAAUGGUGGAGGUCCCCCUAGAUGACCCUUGGUCCGGGGAAGAGAAACUUUGAAAUUAUGCAGUGGAGAUGAAAUCACAGGAUUAGGUUGUUAAAUGAAAUUACCAAUCUAUUUAACUAUGGUUGUGAAAUGAAGAUAUUAUAUUGUUCUUGUCACAAACUCAACUUGUACCCACAUACCGAUAUACGGAUAUACCGUACCGAUCUCAAAAAUAUUCAAGUCACUUUUUAAAGGCAAGUCGAGAUUGCCUUUAAGCUUGUUUGUAGUUUACCAAUAAUGUAGUACGUGUCAUGAAUAUGUGGUUUUGUAAAUCAACUCAUCCGUCUUGCCUAAAGUGACAAUCGCAGCGUUAUUUCUCUGUAUCUAGGUUCUAAACUGACAAAACAUUUAAUAAACUUUUACCCUUGCAUUUCA